AUGGCUCCCAAGGACACCUUCUUCCGCUCGGCGGAUAUGAGCCUCACGCAGCUCUACAUCGCCAACGAGAUCGGGAGAGAGGUCGUCAGUGCGUUGGGAGAGCUGGGGCAGGUGCAGUUCAGAGAUCUCAACCCCGAGACCAACGCGUUCCAGCGGACCUUCACCAAGGAGAUCCGGCGGUUAGAUAACGUCGAGAGGCAGCUGCGGUAUUUCGGGGCUCAGAUCGACAAGGCAGCGAUUCCCAUGAGACCGUCGACGGAUUUUUCGGAUACACUGGCCGCGCCGCUGGCGUCGGAGAUUGACGAGUUGGCGGAACGGAGCGAGGGCCUGGAGCAGCGGAUCGUCUCGCUCAACGACAGCUACGAAACGCUCAAGAAGCGCGAGGUCGAGCUGGUCGAAUGGCGCUGGGUGCUCAAGGAAGCUGGCGGCUUCUUCGACCGCGCCCACAGCCAUACGGAGGAGAUCCGGCAGUCCUUCGACAACGACGAAGCCCCCUUGCUCCGUGACGUCGAGCACCACGGCGGCGCCAGUCGGCCCAAUGGUGACGCUCACGGCCAUAGCCAGCACCAGCCCCAGCAGCAGUCAUUCACGGAGAUGAAUAUCGGCUUCGUGGCAGGUGUCAUCCCGCGGGACCGGAUUGGUGCCUUUGAGCGCAUCCUGUGGCGUACGCUGCGCGGUAACCUGUACAUGAAUCAGUCGGAGAUCCCCGAGCCGAUCAUCGACGCGGCGACCAACGAGGAGAUCCACAAGAACGUCUUUGUUAUUUUCGCCCACGGCCGGCAGAUUCUGGCCAAGAUCCGCAAGAUCUCCGAGUCGCUGGGGGCUUCGCUGUACAGCGUCGACGAGAACAGCGAGCUGCGCCGCGAUCAGAUCCACGAGGUCAAUACCCGUCUGAGCGAUGUGGGCAACGUGCUCCACACCACCAAGAACACCCUCGACGGCGAGCUCUCCCAGAUCGCCCGUUCUCUUGUCGCGUGGAUGAUCAUCGUCAAGAAGGAGAAGGCCGUCUACGACACGCUCAACAAGUUCUCGUAUGACCAGGCUCGCAAGACCCUGAUCGCCGAGGCGUGGUGUCCGACCAACUCGCUCUCCCUCAUCAAGCUUACGCUGCAGGAUGUCAACGACCGCGCCGGCUUGACCGUGCCCACCAUCGUCAACCAGAUCCGCACCAACAAGACGCCCCCGACCUACAUGCGCACAAACAAGUUCACCGAGGGCUUCCAGACCAUCGUCAACGCCUACGGUAUCUCCAAGUACUCCGAGGUCAACCCGGGCCUCUACACCGUCGUCACUUUCCCCUUCCUGUUCGCCGUCAUGUUCGGUGACAUGGGCCACGGCUUCCUGAUGGCCAUGGCCGCCACCGCGAUGAUCUUCUUCGAGAAGCAACUGGCUCGCACCAAGCUCGACGAACUGACCUACAUGGCCUUCUACGGCCGCUAUAUCAUGCUGAUGAUGGGUCUCUUCUCCAUCUACACCGGUUUCAUCUACAACGAUAUCUUCUCUCGCUCCCUUGACUUGUUCCCCAGUGGGUGGAACUGGCCCGAGCACAUUACCCCGGGCCAGGCCGUCGAGGCCUCCCUCGACAGCAGCUAUCGCUAUCCCUUUGGCUUGGACUGGAACUGGCACGAGGCCGACAACUCUCUUCUCUUCACCAACAGCUUGAAGAUGAAGAUGAGUAUCUGCCUAGGCUGGGCUCACAUGACAUAUGCGUUGUGUCUGCAAUAUAUCAAUGCCCGCCACUUCAAGUCCAAGAUCGACGUCUGGGGCAACUUCAUCCCUGGGAUGAUCUUUUUCCAGUCCAUCUUUGGCUACCUGGUCAUCACCAUUGUGUACAAGUGGUCCGUGGACUGGCCUGCCCGCGGGCAGUCUCCGCCCGGUCUGCUCAACAUGCUGAUCUUCAUGUUUCUGUCGCCCGGCACGGUGGCCGAGCCCCUGUACUCCGGCCAGGCGUUUGUGCAGGUUGUGCUCAUCCUGCUAGCCGUGUGCCAGGUGCCCAUCAUGCUGUUCCUGAAGCCCUUCUAUCUGCGCUGGGAGCACAACCGCGCGCGUGCCCUGGGCUACCGUGGGCUGGGCGAGCACUCGCGCGUCAGCGCCCUGGACGAGGAUGACGCCCGACUCCCCCUCACACGCGACAGCCUGGCCAGCGACGACGCCGGCGAGGGCGUCGCCAUGAUCGCGCAGGACCUGGGCGCCGACGGCGACGAGGAACACGAAGAGUUCGACUUCUCGGAGAUCAUGAUCCACCAGGUCAUCCACACCAUCGAGUUCUGCCUCAACUGUAUCUCGCACACGGCCUCCUACUUGCGUCUGUGGGCUUUGUCCUUGGCCCACCAGCAGCUCUCCAUCGUCCUCUGGGAUAUGACCCUCGGCUCCGCCUUCUCCCAGGAGAACCCCACCGUCCGCACCAUCAUGAUCUUCGUCACCUUCUUCAUGUGGUUCCUCAUGACCAUCGCCGUUCUGUGCGUCAUGGAGGGCACCUCCGCCAUGCUGCACUCCCUGCGUCUGCACUGGGUCGAAGCCAUGAGCAAGCAUUUCAUGGGUGACGGCUUGGCCUUUACCCCCUUUAGCUUCAAGACCUUGCUCGAGGACGAGCCGGUCGAUUAA